UCAUCAUCUUAUACCCUGCACUUAGAGUAUCUAAGAUUGAUCCAUAUCUUGUGUACGCGUGCGUGUGUGUGGUUCUCGUAUAUUUGAAGUGUUUGUUUUAGACUCAAUUCUUAUUAAAUUUGGCUGAAAUCAGAAUAGAGUUUUCAAAAAGAUGCUUUUGUGGCAACUAUUAAUAAUAGCUGCAGCCAUAUACGAAUGUGUUUGCGCACCACAACAAGCUACCGUCUUCAAUCAAAAUCCGUUCAAUCGAAUCCAACCGCCUUUCCCACGGUUCAACACUCAACCAGUGUAUCAGCCGCCGAUACUACCUCAGAAUAUUUACCGGCCAUAUUCUCCACAAAAUUACGUACCAAUAACAUCCUAUCAAAAUGAUGUAUCUUUUGAUGGAAGCUUCGCUUAUGGAUACUCAUCAGGAGACGGAACAACAGCUCAAGCGCAAGGUUACUUGAAGAAUGCUGGACAGAAGGAUCUCGAAGCCCAGGUUGUGCAAGGAUCGUAUUCGUAUACUUCACCGGAGGGAACCCCAAUCCGCGUAAAUUACAUCGCUGAUGAAAAUGGAUUCCGAGCUGAAGGAGCUCAUCUACCGACACCACCACCCAUUCCCGAAGCCAUAGCUAAAUCUCUAGACUACAUUGCACGUGUCCAACCACUCCAGCCAUACAAUCAAAACCAAAACAAUUUUCCGUCUUACAACCAACAGCAGCAAUUCCAGCAACAGCAACGUUUAGAUCAACUGGGUUUACCACCUUUCCAGUCACAACAGCCACAACAAUACCAAACUCCACAACUCCAACCCCAACGCCAAACUUUUGGACAAUCUUCCUUAAGACAACCAAACAGGCAAUUUCAACAGCAACCUCAGCAACAGAAUCAACAACAGUUCCGCCAACAACAGCAGCAAAAUCAACAACAGCAACCUCAACAACAACCCCAAGGCCAACAACAGCAACUGACACAACCCUUAUUGAAUCGUCCUAACCAGAUUCCCACGCAGUUUGGAUAUAAUAAAUUUGGACGGUUUAAAAAAUAGAGCUGCAGAGGUAUCUUUGGAGGAGUUAAUCCAUAUCUUACGAUUUUUUUGUAUUCCGUGUUCAUUAUUUAGUGUACAGAUUAGAAGCCAUGGGAAGUAUUGUCUUAUGUAUAACCAUAACCAUAAAAUUUAAUAAGUUUCAUGUGUAAUAAAAU